CUUGUUAACUGUGGUAUUUUGUCCUCUCCUAUUGAUUAAGUUUAAAGGUUUUACUCACUGAAUUCACUUCAUCGUUCGGAAUGACUGUCCCGUGGUGGUUCUGCUUUAUUUUGUUAAUGGAAUUUAUACAUUGCUAUGAAAAUUUAGCACUACGGAGGCCAGCAUGGCAGCAACAUAAUUAUUCUGGUAGAGAAAUGCAAUGGGGAGCAGCGAAGGCUGUGGACGGACUGUACACUGACCGCUCAGCAGGAGGAAAUCAAUGCACUCAAUCUAAUAAUAGACAAACAACAGCGACGUGGAGAGUGGACCUGGAGAGUGUGGUCAGCAUCAGCCACAUUGACUUCUACUACAGGACGGACAAUCUUCCGAUUCCUAGUGUAUACACUACGCGUUUUGCUGGAUUUUACCUCUACGUAUCCAACACCACGUCAAAGGAUGACGGCCAUCUUUGUUUCCAUGAGAUACAGACUGUGGACGGUACACCAAUAGAGAACCAGACAAUAAGCUGUUCUGUUCAUGGACGAUAUGUCAUAUACUACAACGAACGGAAGCCGGGUGUUAACUAUCCUAGUUACUACUCACAAUAUGCAUUUAAUGAACUGUGUGAAGUGGAAGUUAAUGGAUGCCCUGACCCAAGAUAUUAUGGAGUUAAUUGCAAUCAACCCUGUCCUGACGGAUGUCAAGAGAAAAGGUGUGACGUCAUUACGAGUCAAUGUCUGGGGUGUAUACCGGGAUAUCAAGGUCCUCGCUGUAGUCAAGUAUGUGCUGUACAGACAUACGGACUGGAAUGUUCUUUAUCAUGUGGUAACUGUAGUGAUGGAGAGACCUGUCACCAUGCCACCGGCAUGUGUCCAAGGGGAUGUAACAAGGGAGUGGAGGGGGACAAAUGCCAGACACCAUGUCAGCCUGGUUAUUAUGGGAAGAACUGCGGACAGAGAUGCAGUGAGAACUGUAAAGUGACAAACCACUGUAACAGAUUUACAGGGGAUUGUGACAGGGGCUGUAAACCGGGAUGGAAGAUACCAACAUGUCAGGAAGAAUGUGACGGUGGGAUGUACGGCGCAGGCUGCACACAGAGUUGCGGCCCCUGUCUACACAACAACCAGUGUCACCAUAUUAAUGGCACGUGUUUAAAUGGCUGUUCUUCCGGGUAUCAGGGAUGGAACUGCAAGGAGAAAUGCCCCAGUGGAUAUUUCGGUAUCAAUUGUGAGAACAAGUGUACCGUGUACUGUGGUAGCAAUGGAAGUUGUGAUCAUGUCACCGGAAUUUGUGAGAGCGGAUGCAAAGAGGGGUGGAGCGGGCCUAUCUGUGGUACAGAGUUAUCGUUCCACUCUACAACUUGUACAGAUGACAACACCGCCAUCAUCAUAAGUCUUGUAGUAUCUAUUAUCAUAGUGCUCAUCGGAAGUGUCAUCAACUUCCUGAUGUGGAAGAGAAAUCAACCAGGAAACGCAAAGAAAGGAGAAAACUGUACAAGUGAAACAAGGAGUGCUCACAAUUCAGAGAACCUGAGCAGAAGACCAACAACAACACUAUGACAAAGUUCGACGUUCACUGAUCGAUCUACAUCAUAUGCCAAUGAUAGUGACUUACGGACACGGUGUGGUUAUUGUGCCAUGACUGAUCCAGGUCACUCGAUAGUCUGGUUUCAAGUGGAUCUUGGAAAAGAGUACAGCAUAAAAAGCGUUAAAAUAUACUAUAGAAAAGAAGAUACAGUGGAUGAAUAAAUACAUUUAGAAAUGUAUAUAACUCAUUCAUCGACAUUACCGUGGAUAUCGGUUUGGGUAGUUUAAUGGUUAGAACACCUGAUCAGUGAUGCUAGGGUUCAAGGAUUUGAUUUCCGGUCAAUGAUAUUUUGCCUCACCCAAGACAAAAGCUCGAGUGAGUUUCUCUGAUCAAAAAUUGUACGUUUUGUGUCGGCGUCGUUAUUACAUAUUUUCUUCUCCAGAAAAACUGGACCUAAUUCAUACGUGGCACAUUACGCUUUGAUAAAGGGGCUUCAAUUUUGUUCAAAUGAAGGAUCAUGUCACCUUCAAAGGGGAGAUAAUAAGAAAAGGAAAAGGUAGAAGGGAUCGUUUAAAAAAUAUUCUCAAGAACCACUGAACAGUUGAAAUUAUCAUAUGGAAAGAACAAAAGGAAAAGCCCACAGAAAUUUUAAAUCUUAUGCAUGAUGUAUAAACUAGAAGUCGAAAUUGGUUCCGGGUUUGAUUGAACAUUUUAAGGGUCAUUUAAAUAAAUAUAUAUAUAUAUAUAUAUAUAUAUAUAUAUAUAUAUAUUAGAGAGACAGAAGCGUACAAAAAACCAAUAUAUCUUUAUAUUGGAGACUACCAAUACAAAAGUCUCAAAUUUGGGUAAUUGAGUAAAUACAUUUAUUGGCAAUGUCUUUCAUAAGUAUAUGCGUGAAAUAAUCAGAGAUAUCUGAGUUUGAGAUUCGGCCAGGAAUGUGCAUUGAAAUGUGCAUGUAUAAAAUUCUUGUCAAGAGAGACAAAAUAAUGAUCAUAAAUAAUUUAUUAUUUAAUACGAAGUGAAAUAAUAACUUUUAUGUGACAUGUCCAUGUAUUUUUCAUGUACUUAUAUGUUCCUAUUUUUACAUAGUUCUGUUGACAUUAUACUACACUGUUCUGGGUCUGGGUUUACCCAAGCUGCUGCUUGGAUGUUUUAAACCAAUCAGCGUGGAACUUUUCUACCAUGUGAUCAUUGUUCUUUGUUCUACUAGAAGGAGAAGCCACACAAAAUUUUGCUACGAAAAUUAUUGUGAUAUUUGGGACACUGUCGUGAUAAUUUUGUUUUCUUUUGUGAUGUACUUAGUGUCUUUUACUGUUUAGGUUGAUGCCACAUUUAUAUCUAUAUAGUUUUUCUUUUGUACAUAGAUGCUUAUUUUUCAACUGAGAAGUUCUUUUUUCAUCUUGCCAAGUCGCCUUUGGGUGGGUGGAUCCAAUAUGCUAUUGGAUUUGUGGCCUGUAGUUUUUACAUUACCCAUCUUUUUUGUGGACAGGCAGGUUGUGUGGUUUAGAUAACAGAUUAAUUGAUUCUCAUAUAAUUUUAUGUGAUGUUUGUUGGGGGUCAUGUUUUUGGCCCCCAUAAAUCUUUGUGUUAGAUUUUGCUGGGGGUCAGAUUGCAUAAUACUUAUCCAAAGACGUUUACCAAUGUUUUCUAGUCUUUUCUGACCCCCAUUAAUUUGUCAAGUUUCAUUUUCGUCAUUUUAUUAAUAAAUGACAUUUUUUUCAAUUCAACACUGUGUUACUAGUUCUGCCUGUCAUGCCAAAAAACAAGCCUAGUCUACUUGGCAAGGUAAAGCUGAGGCUAACGGAAGAUAAAUAAGUUAUUAUUUAAUACGAAGUGAAAUAAUAACUUUUAUGUGACAUGUCCAUGUAUUUUUCAUGUACUUAUAUGUUCCUAUUUUUACAUAGUUCUGUUGACAUUAUACUACACUGUUCUGGGUCUGGGUUUACCCAAGCUGCUGCUUGGAUGUUUUAAACAAUCAGCGUGGAACUUUUCUAUCAUGUGACCAUUGUUCUUUGUUCUACUAGAAGGAGAAGCCACGCAAAAUUUUGCUACGAAAAUUUUUGUUACCCACCAUCCAACCCCAGUACUACCUCCGUUGUAAUUCUUUUCUGCCUGUAUUGUUCCAUUACACACCUGCCUGUAGUUUUUACAUUACCCACCUUUUUUGUGGACAGGCAGGUUGUGUGGUUUAGAUAACAGAUUAGUUGAUUCUCAUUUAAUUUUAUGUGAUGUUUGUUGGGGGUCAUGUUUUUGGCCCCCAUAUAUCUUUAUGUUAGAUUUUGCUGGGGGUCAGAUUGCAUAAUACUUAUCCAAAGACGUUUACCAAUGUUUUCUAGUCUUUUCUGACCCCCAUUAUUUUGUCAAGUUUCAUUUUCGUCAUUUUAUUAAUAAAUGACAUUUUUUCAAUCCAACACUGUGUUACUGGUUCUG